AUGGGGGGAGCAGUGAGUGCUGGGGAGGACAAUGAUGAGUUGAUUGACAACCUGAAGGAGGCACAGUAUAUUCGAUCUGAUCUGGUGGAACAAGCUUUCAGGGCCAUCGAUCGUGCUGACUAUUAUUUAGAGGAGUUUCGUGACAGUGCUUACAAGGACUUGGCCUGGAGGCAUGGCAACAUCCACCUCUCUGCCCCCUGUAUUUACUCUGAGGUGAUGGAGGCUCUGGACCUGCAGCCUGGCUUGUCUUUCCUCAAUCUGGGCAGUGGCACAGGCUAUCUCAGUACCAUGGUGGGCCUCAUUCUGGGUCCAUUUGGCAUAAAUCAUGGUGUUGAACUCCAUUCUGAUGUUAUUGAGUAUGCUUAUCAGAAACUUGAGUUCUUCAUUAAGACAAGUGACAGCUUUGACAGGUUUGAGUUCUGUGAGCCAUCUUUUGUGGUGGGGAACUGUCUGGAGAUAGCUCCAGAGAGCAGGCAGUAUGAUCGGGUUUACUGUGGAGCAGGAGUGCAGCGGGAACAUGAGGACUACAUGAAGAGCCUGUUGAAAGUGGGGGGAAUUUUGGUAUUGCCUCUUGAAGAGAAGCUAACGAAGAUCACUCGGACAGGCUAUAACACAUGGGAGACCAAGAAGAUUAUUGCUGUGUCAUUCGCCCCACUAGUGUUACCUAAACACAGAGAAAAUGGCAAACCUAGAACUGUGCCUCUUCCUGCCAUGUUCGAGGUACGAACCCUCCAAGAUUUGGCUCGAAUCUGCAUUCGUCACACGCUAAAGAAAUCUUUAUCGGGGACGUGGCCAUUACCCAGGAGAUGCGGGUCCAGAGGUAGAUCUCGUCUGAAACAUAGACGAGACCACCGUGAUUCCACUUUGCUGACCAACCGUUACAUAUUCAUGAGUCGACUGAUCCCUGGGCCCAUGGAUGACAACAACCAGGUAGGAACAGAGGACGAGGAUGAAGAAGACUGCAGGGGUGUUUGUGAGCAUGAAGAGGAAGAUGCAGCUGAGGAAGAAGAGGGCAGAAGAAGAGAGGGUAGUGUCCUUUUGAUGGAGACUCCAGUUAACCUACUGAGACAGCGUAUCCUAAGCCUUCCUCUUCCGGAGCCGCUGAAGAUGUACCUGCUGUAUUACAGGGAGAAGUAGGAAACCUAACACUAGACAGGGCCAAGUCCAAUCCUGUU